UAUAGGUUACCCUUCCAAAAUGUUGACAGGAUGGAGGCUCAAAUUAUCCAAAUUAUUUAUAAUACCUCAGCGGUAUGUGAUGGCAAUAAUGGCACUGUUCGCCGUAGCAAACGCUUACACCAUGAGGGUAUGUCUCAAUCUGGCUAUCACACAGAUGGUAAAGAAGAGUACGAAUGUCGAAGGCGAAGAGCAUUACGACCCAAAUGUAUGUAUGGAUGCAAGUCUGGUCAGGAACUAUACCAACACCUACUACAGGGAUGACGAUACCGUCUUUUUUGAGUGGAGUGAGGCUACACAGGGUUUGAUACUGGGAUCUUUUUACUACGGCUAUGUUUUGACACAUUUACCAGGAGGAAUGUUGGCGGAACGUUUUGGAGGAAAGUGGGUGUUGGGUCUUGGACUUUUAUCGACUGCAAUAUGUACCAUUAUUACACCAGUAACUGUCAAAGUUGGAGGUGCAACAGCCUUAUUUAUAUUGCGGGUUAUUGAAGGUUUGGGAGAGGGUCCUACUAUGCCAGGUCUAAUGGCUGUGCUUUCACGUUGGGCCCCAAAAGAAGAGCGUGCACGUUUCGGAGCUAUUGUAUUCGGGGGAGCCCAAAUAGGAAAUAUAGCGGGUUCCUAUUUUUCUGGAUUGGUCAUGCAUAAUGGAAGUUGGGAGGACGUGUUUUACUUAUUCGGAGGAAUUGGACUGAUUUGGUUUGUUCUUUGGACCAUGUUAUGCUACAGUACACCGAAUACACAUCCUUUUAUAUCGGAUAGUGAGAAGCAAUUUCUGAACGAAAACGUAGAUGCAUUGAAGCAUACUAAGGCACAAAAAAUGGACCCCACUCCAUGGAAAGCUCUGCUACGUUCUGUACCGCUAUGGGCUCUUAUUGUAGCUGGGAUUGGUCACGACUGGGGAUACUUCACAAUGGUUACAGAUUUGCCAAAAUACAUGACAGACGUCUUGAAAUUCAAUAUCAAAUCAACGGGUAUUCUUUCGGCCAUUCCUUAUAUAGCCAUGUGGAUAUCUUCGUUCUUUUUUGGACUUUUAUGCGAUUUUUGCGUCAAAAGAGGAUGGCACAACAUUACGAAUGCUAGGAAAAUUUAUACAACUAUUGCCGCUAGCGGACCUGGCAUAUGCAUAAUUUUAGCGUCAUAUUCGGGUUGCGAUACCACCCUUGCUGUAUUUUGGUUUGUGGCUGCCAUGACUGUUAUGGGUGCCUACUACAGUGGCAUGAAGAUCAAUCCUUUAGACAUCAGUCCCAACUACGCUGGUACCACCACAGCGAUGGUGAAUGGUAUUGCUGCUAUAUCGGGAAUUAUAUCGCCAUAUCUUAUUGGGUUAUUGACUCCAGAUUCUACUCUGGCACAAUGGCGAGUUGCGUUUUGGGUCUGUUUCGGUGUACUAGUAUUUACAAACAUAGUAUACGUCAUCUUCGCCCAAGGUGAACAGCAAUGGUGGGACGACGUUAAGAAAUAUGGAUACCCCUCCGAUUGGAAGCACGGCCCUCUACCCACGAAAGCUAUCGAUAAAGAACAAAACAAUGAAGACGUUAAAGAGAAAAAGUGAUCUUUAGUAUUAUAUUAGACAUUUUGUAAUUUAUCUGUGAGAUUAAUUUAUGGACUGAGACUGGAAACUAAGUGCUAAGAAAUUAAGUAACAUAAUGUCAUGACUAUAUAUUAUAGUCACUGGUUAUAUGUGCCUUCCUGAAUAUUUAGCUAGAUGUAUAGCUAGUAUAUUUUUGUAUGAAUGUUUCAGAGAAAAAUAUAUUGUAGAGUUAACACCUA